UGUCAAUGUCACAUUGUAUAUAAAAUAUAAAAUUAUUCAUCUCCAAAUUUCUAUUUCGCUAUCGUUAGUUCUUAUCUUUUUCUCCGCUUUUCGAGAAAUAAAUCCUUAAAACUUCCGAUGAGAGUGUAUACAAAAAGGAAAAGCAGUAUCUAAAGACCACCAUGCACGAUGUUGGAAGGCUUAGUGGCUUGGGUUCUAAACAAUUAUCUCGGAAAAUAUGUAGAAAAUUUGAACACAGAUCAGCUGAGUGUGGCUCUGUUGUCUGGCAAAGUAGAAUUAGAGAAUCUGCCUCUAAAGAAAGAUGCACUAAGACACUUGGGCUUGCCAGUGGAAGUAAAAACAGGCUUUAUUGGCAAAGUGCAGUUGCAGGUGCCAGUUCGUCAGAUUCGCUCUGCACCAUGGCUGAUAGCCAUAGAAAAACUGUAUGUUGUGGUCACCCCUGUCAAUCUGGACGAGUGGGAUAGUGAAGUAGAAGCAAACAUAGCACAUGAGCGGAAGGUGGCACUCCUGGAUGCCUUGGAAGCGCAAUGGCGAGCCGACCACGAGGCCUGCGACGCGGGCUACUACGCCACCUCAUACUCCUCUUGGCUCAACUAUGGGACUGGGCUUCUUGCCAAUAUUGUCGAAAAUCUGCAGUUGAAACUGUAUGACGUGCACAUUCGAUACGAGGACGCUUUGACUUGCGCUCCGCACGCAUUCGCCUGCGGCGUGACCAUGGAGGCACUCACCGCUGAGUCCUGCGACGAGCAUUGGCGGCGCGGCUUCACGCUGCUUACGGAUAACGACGGCUGCUCCUUCAAACUGUUGGAGCUGCAACAGCUGGCCGUCUACUGGGACCCCAUGGAAGUGCCCGGGGGAAUGUAUGCAGGAUGCGCACCCACUGACCUCACUGAGCGCAUGCGCAAUGCGUGGUGUGCGCCGCAUCGGCACGUGGUGCGGCCAGCAUACGCGCGUGCCCGCGUGAGGAGGGAACGCACGCAGCUGCCGCUGCGGAGCCGCACGCGACCGCGGCUGCUGUGCCAUCUGACGCUCGACGCCGUCACGCUCAACCUGUCCUCCUGGCAGUACUCGGGCUUGGUGGGGUGCGUGACGGGUCUGGCUCGCACGGGUCGCCUGCGGGAGUUCCGCGCGCUGCGGCCGCCCGUCGCCCUGCGCGCCGCGCCCCGCCUGUGGUGGCUGUACGCGCUGCGCUGCCAUCUGGCCGCGCACCCGCUCACAGAACCUAAACCGACUUGGGAGUCGUGUUUAGAACGCGCGCGAGCCGUCCGCCAGUACGUGGAGAUAUGUGUGGGGUUAUUGUCUGCGCCUGCUGCAGCGCUGGCUCCUGAACGAAAACGGGCCAAGGACGACUUCGAGUGGAACACGCCGCUGCACAUACUGAAGGCCCUGAGGGAGGUGGCAAUGAGAAAAGUGCCCAAAUUAACUCCGGCAUCGACGCCGGACAAGCCGGGAGGAUCGGGGCGCAGCAUGUUGGUCCACUGGUUUCCGCAGUGGUGGGGGUGGUACGGCAACCAGGACGCCACGCCCCCCUCCCCCUCCCCCGCCCCCUCCACUGCAGCGCCGGCCCCCGCCCCCUCCCCUGAACUAGAAGAGGAGAUUCUAGACGUUCUCGCCGAUUCCAUUGAGAACAACACUUUGCUGAAAAGGGACACGGUGUUUGGCAAGUUCGAGUUUGAACUGUUGAAGGGCAGCCUCAAUUUGUGCACUCAAGAGGAGACCGAGCUUGCAGCCGAGGAUAAGUCCGCCGAAGCCCCAGGCAUGGAGCUGCAGUUCUCCUGUGUCCGCGUGUGUGUGGAGUCUCGACCGCGGGGCAGUUCGCACGCGCUGCACGUGUCUCUGGGGGCUCUCUGUGUACGAGAACGGCUCACACCUAACACGCUGUUCCCGGUACUGGUGGCGCCGCAGGGCAUGAUCCGCGAAGGCCUGAGCGCCAUGAACGCGGCGGCGGCGGCCGCGUGGUGGGGGCGUGCGCACGCGCCGCCGCCCGCGCCCGAACCGCUGUUCCAACUCACCUACGAGAAGAAACCGUUCAACGUCAACGCUGAUUACAAGUUAUGGGUGAAGUGCGCGUCGCUUGAGGUGGUUUACUGCGCAGCGGCAGCACGUUGGGCGCAGCAGUUCGCGUGCGCGCCGUGGGAGGCCGCGCGCGCGCUCGACUACGCGCACGUGCGCAGCCACACGCGCGCCACGAUCUCCCGACACUGGGCGCACAUGAUGCGCGCCAGCCCGGGCGAACGUCGUUCGUGGCAAGUGGAGCUGGACAUAUCGGCGCCGCAGAUUUUGUUCGUGGAAAACCUUUGCGAUCGUGAUGCUGCUGUGCUGGUGGUAGACUUCGGCCGGCUGCGACUAUCUGAUGCCAACACGCAUCCUGCUUCCACCGCCGAGCCUCAAAGUGACGCCCCUGACCCCGCCCUUACUGACGACGAAGAAACAUUCAUGACCCCGUGCUCAACGCCGCCGGGCAGCUUGCUCUCGCCAUCGUCUCCGCCCGCGCCUGCGUGCGCGCAUUCGCACUCGCAUGCACUAGACGCGACGCGAUUCCACUACAGCCUCUACGACAGAUACAAGAUAGAGCUGAGCGAUCUGCAGAUACUGGUAGGCCGCGCGCGUGACAACUGGAAGUAUGCGCACACCAAGAGCACCUCCUCGCUACAUCUGCUGGACAGGUUCAGCAUCUCACUACAGGCGGAGCGUCGCGUUCUGGCCACUAGUGAUCCUCUUUACCCGGGCGUGGCACUGCGCGGGUCCCUGCCGGCGCUGGUAGUACACCUCAGCGAGCACAAGCUGGCCGCGCUGCACGCCGUCGCCACGCGCACCUUCGCGAGCGCGCCGCGGUCAGGAGAAUCUGCGAGCACGGAGGCGACAGCGGAGGCGGCAGCGGACGAGGACGCGACCGACGCGUCUGAGGCGGAGCACUCCAUCAGCGCCAACAACGCAACGCUGUUCAUGCUGCAGUUCGACAUCGAGCAGAUGUCACUGGAGGUCCAAUCUCGCGGACGCAGCAUCGCCGAGGUGCAGGUGUGCGGUGUGCGGUGCGCAGUAGCAGCCAGGCCGGCCGAUCUGUCCCUCUCACUCUCCGUGCAUUCAUUGCUGCUUGUGGACGCGCUGCAGACUUACGGGCCAGACUUCGAGCUGCUGGUGGCCAGCCACAAGCACCUGGGCAUGGACACGGCGUCGGGCAGCAUCCUGGGCUCGGAGCCGACGUCGCCGACCUCCCCCGCCUCCCCCGCCGCGCCCCUCGCGCCGUCGCACCAUCCGCAUCACCCGCGCGCCCUCUACCGCGCCCUCACCGACCUGGCCGGCUACCCAGACGCAGAAGGUCCAAGCUCGCCGCCCACCAGCGGCGAGUGGAACAGCUCUAUGUACACGAGCGCCACAGGACGGGCCCCGGGGCCCGGCGGCUGGCAGUGGGGCGCGUCGGGCCCCGCGUGGGCGGCGCCGGGGCUCGUCGACUCGGAGGCCCUCAUCGCUAUCGAGCUGUGCUUCGUCAAAGGCGACGCCGACUCCGAAGACUUGAGGAUCGCCAACAUAUCAUUCAACAAUCUAGACAUUAUCGCGAACCAAGAGACGAUAGUGGAGUUGAUCGGUUUCGCGCAGCGCGUGGCUGGAGGUCGCGCGCCCAACAAGGUUCCUUCCGAGGCGCAUCUCUCCCAGCUCAGUAUGGAUGAAGAAGCCCAGCCCACCACCGCUGACGACGAGAACAAGCGCUGCGUUCGUACGGAGAUCACAUUCGACUUUCACCGUCUGGGCGUGCUGCUCGUGCGCGCCGGAGUGCAGGGGGCCAGGAAGAUCGCCACCGCCACCGUCACCGAGGCCAAGAUACAGGCCACGCUCGAUGCGCGCACGGUGUCCGUCGGCGGGUCGCUGGGUGGCGUGCAGGUGGUGUCGCUGUGCGAGGGCGCGGGCGUGCACGCGCGCGUGCUGGCGGCGGGCGCGCCUGUCCAUCCCGGGCCCGGGCCGGACCAUGCCAGCCCGCACCAGCACCAGGACAACGCGCUGCUCUUCACCAUCGCCAGGAGGGUGCUCGCGCCCGCGCCCGCGCCGACAGGCGGAGACGCGCCAGUGAUAUCGGCAGAGGUGUCGGUGCAAGUGGCCAGCGUGUGGUACACGCACUCUGGCGCGCUGCUUCUGGAACUGCGCUCCUGCCUCACGGAGUUCAAGCGCUACCUGGCCAACCUGGCGCGCUCCAUCCGCGCCGCCGCCGCCGACAUGGCCAUCACACUCGUGCAGCCCAGGGGCGAAAGUCUAUAUUCGAACCCGCGCCUGUCUCAGUCGACGGAGGGCGUGUCGCCGCGGCGCCGCACCGUCAGCUUCGGCGUCUCCCUCGAGGACCCUCCCGACCUCAGCUCCGAACAAAUACAACUCAGCGUGAGCGUGGAGCUGGAGUCUCCAGUGGUGGUGAUUCCUCGCGCGGCGCACAGCACCGAGGUGCUGGUGGCGCAUCUGGGCCGCAUGAGCCUCGCCAACACGCCCGGCCCCCCGCGCCGCGCCCUCUACCGCGUGCGCGUGCGCGACAUAUCGCUGGCCACGCUGGACGUGGCUGAGAAACUGAAGACGCUCGAGUUGCGCGCGGAGAACCUGGAGCAGAUCUACGACGUGAGCUGCGGCCGGCCCGUGCUGCAUAACACCGAGGUGCGGCUAGCUCUGCAGUGCUCCGACUUCGAGCGAGACCAGCAGCUCGUGCAGCAGUACGAAGUGUCGGGCAUGAUCGUGGGUGGACUACACGUGACGGCGCGCCGCGAGCAAUACGAGCAGGUGCUGGAGACCGCACGCUGGGUCACCGCGCCCCACCACGCGCUGAGUGCUCACGCGCAGCCGGAGGUGGUGCGCAGUGAGGAGUCGUUGCUGGAGUCAGCGGUGCCCACACUUCAGCUGGACCCCGCCCUCCGCGCCGCCGCCCUACACGCGCCCGCCCCCAGCCCCGGCCCCGCCCCCGCGGCGCCGCACCGCGCUGUGUCGCAUGCGCCCGCGCAACCGCAUCCGCUCAUCACGGUACACUUCGAAGUGUGUGAGCUGAGCGUGGAGCUGGUAGCAGACCUGGGGGCAGGCGCGCGCAGUCUCGUGGAGCUCACCUUCCGAGAAUUUCUGCUGCAGUAUCGGGCCGAAACGCCGCACGAGACGCAUCUGCAGGUGUCACUCCGCUCGGUAACGAUGGAGGACCUCACGAAGGAGCCCGGCUCGGAGCACCGCCUCCUGCUUGUCUCGCAAGUGCGCAGUCCCCCGCGGCCCCUGUGCCUGUCCCGCUCGUGCCCCAACCUCGCGCGUGCCGCCAUCCCCUCCACCGCACGGGGCUCCUCCAAUCGCGCGCCUCUCACCAGGACCGCCUCGUUGCCGGCCCAUCUCGAUCUACUGCACGAGCUGCGCCGUAAGAAGCGGGACAGCAAGUGCGGCGUCACGCCCCCUUGCUCGCCGGAAUGUCCGGAGGAGUGGGGCGAGGACGCGGACGCGGGGGAGGGCGGGGCUGCGGACAAGGGGGGAGGCGACGAUGCGCCGCCCGAGGACAACCUCGUGUGGGUGUCCGUGCAUACCAGGGACCCAGGACACCCGCACUUCCACGACCUCUACGAUCAGAUUACGAAGCUGACUAAGGUGGAAUUCAAUUGCUUGGACUUGGUGGUGAACGUAGACAGCUGGGUGGCAGUGCUGGACUUCUUCGGCGUCGCGGGCGAUGACCUGCCUGAAGACGAAGCUGCCAACCCACCGCAAACUGGAGCGGGGGCUGCACCAGGCGCAGUGGAGCAGAGUGCCGGCGCCACGCGCACGGAAAUAUCCGUGCGGUCUCUGGGAGUGGUGGUGGUGCGCUCGCAGGCCGCGUGGCUGCGGGCGCGGGUGUGGCGCGUGCGCGUGCGGGCGCAGGCCGGGCCCGGGGCCGGGGGCGGGCCCGGGGGCGGGCGCACCGUCACCGCCAGCCUCGCGGCGCUGCGGCUCACCGAGCUGACGCCCGCGCACCGCGUGUGGCGGCACCGCCUCACCACGCAUGCGCAGCACGCGCUCACAGUGCGCCACACCAGGUGA